AUACGGCAUAAUAUCGGAGAAGAGAGGUUACGAGAACUAAGUGCUGUUCAUCAACAGUACCGGUCAUUAGAAAAGUUGAAUGGAGUAAGAAGACGAGCAGGUGCCUACAUCCCACCCACGCGUUCGUCUUCAGAUAGCGGCUCCAGUGCAGCGUCCUCACCGCCGGGCACUCCUGCGCCACCUCCCCGCCGAGCCACCCCUUCGGCACCCGCAGCGCCUUCAGUACCCAAUGCGCCGCCACCAGUCCCCUUUUUACCGUACCCGCGACCAUACGCCUAUCCUACUCCCCCACCAGCUUACCGACCGCCACCGCAGCCUUUCGCAAAUGGUGAACCUCCACCUUACCCCACCCCUGCUCCAUACGCUGGUUUUGUUCCCGUUUUAUAUGCCCCUCCUAAACUAUCAUGUUGGAACUGUGGAGGAGCAGGUCACGCCGGCCACGAGUGCAAGGAGCCUAGCAUGGAGGAGAUGACUCGAGCGGGUGGGUACCAAUUGGAUUUCGGAGGAGCACCCCCAGAAUCGACGGAAAAGUAG